AUGAAGCUCUCCAUCGCAGCGACUUUGGGCUUUUUGGGCUGUGCCCUCGCGUUGCCCGCACCUGUUGCCAAGGAAGCCGACCUGCCCUUCCCAGCUGGCGGCUCUGGUGGCUCUGGUAGCCUCCCAUUUCCUGUUCCUUCGGGCGCCCCUACCGGCUUUCCGUUCCCUAUUCCUUCAGGCUUGCCUAGCGGCUUUCCAACUGGUUUUCCAUUCCCUAUGCCGUCCGGCAUGCCAACUGGAUUCCCAUUCCCUAUUCCAUCCGGCGUGCCCGGUGGAUCCGGUUCCAACGGUUUCCCCGGCUUCCCGGGACUGGGUGGUAGUGGAGGCUACGAAAAGCGCGAGGAAGCUCAUCACCGUCACCACAAGCCAUCCGGUGGCUGGCCAUGGCCGUGGCCCAAGCCGACUGGCCAUCAUUCCUUCCCUCCUGGGUCUAAUGGAGGCAGCCCUACUGGCGGCUAUCCGGGCUUCCCAAGCAUCACACCUACUCCGAGCGUGACGCCUACUCCCAGCGCAACUCCUUCCGGCUUCCCUUUCAGGGGCUGA